CGCACUGUGUGACCCGGAAGGGAGCUGCUGAGGAGGCGGGACCCGGACAGCGGGACAGGCCGCUGGGUCCCAGCGAGGGCCGAGACGGGCAGUGGGAGGAAGUCAGGAUGAUAGGGGAGCGACAUGCUGGGGACCAUAUGGUUCCCUUGGGACCCCAGCUGCAGGCAUAUCCUAAGGAACUCAUUCGCCAGCGACCUGGACAUGAUGGGCAUCCUGAAUACCUGAUUCGAUGGAGUAUCCUGAAGUGUGGGGAAGAGAACAAAGUGAGUGUGGAAGAAGACAAAACAGAACACAUCCUGAUGUGGCUGUCAGCCCCAGAGGUCUAUGCCAACUGCCCCAUGCUGUUAGGCAAGUGGGCACUAUCUAAGGGACCACAGCACGAACCAGCUGGGGGUUCAGGAAGCUUUUUUCAUGACCCCGGAGGCCUGGAUGAAGUAGCAAUGAGAGAGAUGGAGGCUGAUGUGCGGGCACUGGUACACAGGGCUGCCAGGCAGCUGGCAGAAGGUGGGACCUCAAGCCUCACAGCUGCUGUGCUCCACACCAUCCAUGUGCUUAGUGCCUAUGCCAGCAUUGGGCCUCUCACUGGGGUCUUCAGAGAGACAGGAGCCCUGGACCUGCUCAUGGACAUGCUGUGCAAUCCUGAGCCUCAAAUCCGUCGGAGUGCAGGCAAGAUGCUACAGGCUCUGGCAGCCCACGAUGCUGGGAGUCGGGCUCAAGUCCUUCUGUCACUGAGCCAGCAAGAUGGCAUCGAGCAGCACAUGGAUUUUGACAGCCGCUAUACUUUGCUGGAGCUGUUUGCAGAAACUACGUCCUCUGAAGAACACUGCAUGGCCUUUGAGGGCAUUCAUCUGCCUCAGAUCCCAGGAAAGCUGCUCUUCUCCCUGGUGAAGCGCUACCUGUGUGUCACUUCCCUGAUGGAUCAACUGAAUAACAGCGCGGAAGCAGGCGCUGGAGACCAAAGCUCUCCAUGCCCCACAAGGGAGAAAAGCCGGGGACAACGGGAGCUGGAGUUCAGUAUGGCUGUGGGCAACCUCAUCUCAGAGUUGUUGCGGAGCAUGGGCUGGGCCCACAAGCUCAGCGAACAGAGCACAUUACCACCCCAGCCACCUAGGUCCAUCUUUCAGCCCUGCAUUUCGGGGCCCCCUCUCUUACUUCCUACCAUCAUCACCACCCCCAGAAGGCAAGGAUGGGCCUUCCGCCAGCGCUCGGAAUUUUCUAGCCGUAGUGGCUACGGUGAGUAUGUGCAGCAGGUGCUGCAGCCAGGCAUGCAAGUGCGGAUGCUGGAUGAUUACGAGGAGAUCAUGGCUGGGGACAAGGGCGAGUUCUGCCAGAGCAACAAUGGCGUCCCCCCUGUGCAGGUCUUCUGGCAGUCGACUGGCCGUACCUACUGGGUAUACUGGCACAUGUUGGAGAUCCUGGGUCGAGAGGAAGCUACUGGGGAUGCAGCUUCAGCAACUAUGGAGAAGAGGACAGGGACUACUAUACUAGGCACAGUAAUUCCCUCCUGGGACUGGAAACCCGUGGAUAGUCUCUACUCUUUGCCAUACCUCUGGCCUGAGCCAAAGAAGCACGAAGAAGUGGGGUACCUGACCCAGGCUGAAUGGUGGGAGCUGCUUUUCUUCAUCAAGAAGUUGGAUAUAAGUGAGCAGCAGCCAAUUUUCCAGAAUCUUCGAGAAAAACUGAAGGAGAACCUGCGUGAAGAGGCCCUGGGCGAGCUCUCUGUGCCAGUGGAGAUGGCUGAGGGCCUGCUGCAGGUGCUCUGUAGUCGGUUGGAGGGCAUCACCCUCUGUGACCUGCUCAGCUCCCAGAUCUACACCAAGUAUGGGCUGCUCUCUGAUAAAACCAGCAGCUCAUCAUCUUCACAAAGUCACUCCUGUACCCCAGAUCCCCAAGAGGAGUCCAAGUCAGAGGCUAGCUUCUCGGAGGAAGAGCCCUCUAAAGCAGAACCAGAGCCUGCCAAGGCCAAGACUGAGUCCCCCAUGGCACAGAGUGACUCACAACUGUUUAACCAGCUCCUGGUGGCUGAGGGGAUGGCUCCACCCCCGAAGAUGAAGGUGGCAGCCAGUGAAAUGGCUAGAACCUUGCGGGUCCCUGGUCCACUCAGCUCCUUGGAUCAGCAUGUGGUAGCAGUCGCAGCCACCAUGCAGAUAUCCAGCUCGGACACAGACCUGCAGCUUUCGGGGCUCUAUGCCCUUUGUCAGACUGUGGAAGAGAUCACUGAGCGGAACCACCCCCUGGUCCAUCCCAACAGAUUGCUGAGGGAGAAGCUAGUGAAGACACUGGUAGAGUUGCUGACCAACCAGGUGGGAAAGAAGAUGGUGGUGGUACUGGCCCUACGUCUCCUUUACCUGCUCAUGAACAAGCAUGAGUGGCGCCCACUCUUUGCUAGGGAGGGUGGCAUCUACGCUGUGCUGGUUUGCAUGCAAGAAUAUAAAACUUCCGCCUUGGUGCAGCAGGCAGGGCUGGCGGCACUGAAGAUGCUGGCCAUUGCCAGCUCCUCGGAGAUUCCCACUUUUGAUUCUAUCCAGCCUUCGUUUGAUGUCCAGAUGACCAGAGAGAUCUUCGCCAGCAUUGACUCAGCCACACGGCCGGGCUCUGAGAGUCUGCUUCUUACUAUCCCGGCAGCAGUGGUUUUGAUGCUGAAUACCGAAGGGUGCUCCUCAGCAGUGAGAAAUGGCCUGCUCCUGCUCAACCUGCUUUUGUGCAACCAUCACACUCUGGGAGACCAGCUCAUUACCUGUGAGCUAAGAGACACUUUAUUUAGACAUGCAAAAAUAACACCAGCGACAGAACCCAUGCCUACCACACGCACCGUCCUCAUGAUGCUUCUCAACCACUACUCAGAGCCACCAGGAAGUUCUGAGCGUGCAGCUUCGGCACUGGAGAUCCCCUGUGGCCAGGACCAGGAUGGGUCCCCUGAGCUGCUGAUUCAGUCCCUAGUGGGAGAUCCAUCUGCGGAACUGCUCCUGGACCUGGAGUGGGUGAUUUGCCAUGAGGGCGGCUCAGGGAGUGCUGUGAGGCCCCUCCUCAAGUACCUUCAGCAGGAGACCCAACCCUUCCUGCUGUUGCUGAGGACUCUGGAUGCCCCUGGACCCAACAAAACUGUUCUGCUGACCGUGCUGAGAGUCCUGACUCGACUGCUGGAUUACCCCGAGGCCAUGAUCCUCCCCUGGCAUGAAAUCCUGGAGCCCUGCCUCAACUGCCUGAGUGGCCCUGGCAGCGACUUGGAGAUUGUUCAGGAGCUGAUCUGCUUCCUGCAUCACUUGGCUUCAAUGCAUAAGGAUUAUGCAGUGCUGCUCUGCUGCCUGGGUACCAAGGAGGCUCUUUCCAAAGUCCUGGACAAGCACUCAGCUCAGCUCCUGCUGGCCUCUGAGCUUCGAGACCUGGUGAUAGACUGUGAGAAAUAUGCCCAGCUCUACAGCAACCUCACCUCCAGCAUCCUGGCUGGCUGCAUCCAGAUGGUGCUGGGCCAGAUCGAAGACCACAGGCGAACCCAAAGGCCUAUCAACAUCCCUUUCUUUGAUGUGUUCCUCAGGCAUCUCUGCCAGGGCUCCAGCGUGGAUGUGAAGGAGGACAAGUGCUGGGAGAAGGUGGAGGUGUCCUCCAACCCACACCGGGCCAGCAAGCUGACGGACCGCAACCCCAAGACCUACUGGGAGUCCAAUGGCAGCACCGGCUCCCACCACAUCACCUUGCACAUGCACCGUGGUGUUCUUGUUAGGCAGCUGACUCUGCUGGUGGCCAGUGAGGACUCGAGUUACAUGCCAGCCAGAGUGGUGGUGUUUGGGGGUGACAGCCCCAGCAGCAUCAGUACUGAGCUCAGUACGAUUAAUGUGAUGCCCUCUGCCAGCCGGGUGACUCUCCUGGAGAACCUGACCCGCUUUUGGCCCAUCAUCCAGAUCCGAAUAAAGCGCUGCCAGCAGGGUGGCAUUGACACACGGGUUCGGGGUGUGGAGGUCCUGGGCCCCAAGCCCACUUUCUGGCCACUGUUCCGGGAGCUACUGUGUCGCCGUACCUGUCUCUUCUACACGAUUCGGGCACAAGCCUGGAGCCAAGACAUAGCAGAGGACCACAGGCGCCUCCUCCAGCUUUGUCCCAGACUGAACAAGGUUUUACGCCAUGAACAGAAUUUUGCCAGUCGCUUCCUCCCUGACGAGGAGGCUGCCCAGGCACUGGGAAAGACCUGCUGGGAGGCCCUGGUCAGCCCUCUGGUGCAGAACAUCACCUCGCCUGAUGCCAAAGGUGUGAGCUCCCUGGGAUGGCUGCUGGAUCAGUAUCUGGAGCGCAGAGAGAGCCCUCAGGGCCCCCUGAGUCAAGCAACAUCCUUCACCUCUCAAGUUCGGCGUCUUUGCCACUUGCUGGUGCAUGUAGAGCCUUCUCUGGGGUCUUCUUCUGAGCCACCAGCUCGGCUCUUCAGCAAGAACAGUAAGGGGUGCAACCCGAGCCCUGUGCCUCCGCCAGUUCCUGCAAGCAGCAGCCUGAGGAACAUCACCCAGUGCUGGCUGAACGUGGUGCAGGCACAGGUGGGCAGCAGCAGACUGAGGUUGGGGGGUGGAGUGCAUCUUCUGUGUCACUUUGCUCUUCCUCUCCAGGUCAGCAGGUUCCUGGCUGCAGCCUGGAGGGUCCCUGACUUUGUGCCUCGGUACUGCAAACUCUAUGAGCACUUGCAGAGAGCGGGCGCAGAACUCUUUGGGCCUCGGGCGGCCUUUACGCUGGCUCUGCACAGCGGCAUCUCUGGCGCCCUGCUGCAGCAGUCCUUCCUCACUGCUGCCCAUGUGAGCGAGCAGUUUGCCAGGCACAUUGACCAGCAGAUCCAUGGUGGCCUGCUUGGAGGAGCCCCAGGCAUGGAGAUGCUGUGGUGGCUUCAGCAGCACCUAGAGCCCAUCAUGGUCCUCUCAGGCCUGGAGUUGGCCACGACUUUUGAGCACUUCUAUCAGCACUACAUGGCUGACCGUCUGUUGAGUUUGGGCCCCAGCUGGCUGGAGGAGGCCGUGCUGGAGCAGAUCGGCCUCUGCUUCCCCAACCGCCUCCCUCAGCUGAUGUUGCAGAGCCUUCGCACCUCAGAGGAGCUGCAGCGCCAGUUCCACCUGUCCCAGCUCCAGCGGCUUGACUGGUUGCUCUUGGAGCAGGGGGACCAGGAAGAGCAGGACCUGGAAGAAGAGGAGGUAAAAGAGCAAGAACAGGAAGAGGAGGCCACGAAAGCACUAUUUAUAGAUGAUCCAAGCCCAGCAGUUUCUAUCCUGGUCCUGUCCCCACGCUGCUGGCCAGUCUCCCCACUCUGCUACCUGCACCAGCCCAGAAAGUGCCUUACCCCGGAACUCUGUGACGCCCUGGACUGCUUCUCCAGGUUCUACAGCCAGAGUCAGAACAACCCAGUCCUGGAUGUGGGCCCACAUCGGUGGCUGCAGUGGACAUGGCUGGGCCGUGCUGAGCUGCAGUUUGGGGACCAGACCUUGCAUGUGUCCACUGUGCAGAUGUGGCUGCUGCUGAAUUUCAAUCAGACAGAGGAGGUGUCAAUAGAGACCUUGCUGAAGAGUUCUGACCUCUCCCCAGAGCUACUGCACCAGGCACUUGGGCCUCUCACCUCUGAGAGUGGACUUUUGUCCCUGCAGGAGGGUCAGGACUUGCCACCUGGGGGGGUUCUGCGGCUUCGUGAGCCUGGGCCCUGGUCCUGCAGGGAGGAGCUGUGGCUUAUACCUCCCCAAAUGUACCUGAAUGUAGAGAAGGAUGAGGGCCGCACGCUGGAACAGAAGCGGAACCUCCUGAGCUGUCUUCUUGUCCGUAUUCUCAAAGCCCAUGGGGCAAAGGGCCUGCACAUUGAUAAUCUGGUUUGUCUGGUGUUGGAGGCCUGGCAGAGGGGUCCCCAUCCCCCAGGAAGCCUGGGCCAUGCUGUCACUGGCAGUUCAGAUGUCCUCUCUUGCAUCCUGCACCUCCUAGGCCAGGGCUAUGUGAAGCGGCAGGAUAACCAGCCCCAGAUCCUGGUGUAUGCCACCCCUGAGCCCGUGACACCCUGCCGGGGUCAGGCAGAUGUCCCCUUUUGUGGCAGCCAGAGCACUGAGACCUCCAAGCCUAGCCCAGUGGCCAUGGUUGCCCUGGCAUCUCUCCAGCUGCCUGCAGGCCGCACCAUGAGCCCACAGGAGGUGGAAGGGCUGAUGGAGCAGACAGUGCGGCAGGUGCAAGAGACUCUGAACUUAGAGCUGGAUGUGGCUCAGCAUCUUCUGGCUCAUUGCCACUGGAGUGCCGAGCAGCUGCUUCAGAGCUACAGUGAUGACCCUGAGCUGCUACUGCUGGCAGCUGGGCUGCAUGUGCCCCAGCCCCAGGUGGCCCCUGCACCGCCAGACCUCUGCCCUGUCUGUGUUGGUCCCCUGGGGCCUGGUGACGAUCUGCCCUCCCUCUGCUGCCUGCACUCCUGCUGCAAGUCUUGCUGGAAUGAGUAUCUGACAACACGGAUUGAGCAGAACCUUGUGCUUAACUGCACCUGCCCCAUUGCUGACUGCCCUGCCCAGCCCACCAGAGCCUUCAUCCAUGCCGUUGUCUCCUCACCUGAGGUCAUCUCGAAGUACGAGAAGGCCCGCCUGCGCAGCUAUGUGGAGAGCUGCUCCAACCUGACCUGGUGCACCAAUCCCCAGGGCUGCGACCGCAUCCUGUGCCGCCAGGGCCUGAGCUGCGGCACUGCAUGCUCCAAGUGCGGCUGGGCCUCCUGCUUCAACUGUAGCUUCCCCGAGGCUCACUACCCUGCCAGCUGUGGCCACAUGUCGCAGUGGGUAGAUGAUGGUGGCUACUAUGACGGCAUGAGUGUGGAGGCCCAGAGCAAGCACCUGGCCAAGCUCAUCUCCAAACGCUGCCCCAGCUGCCAGGCUCCCAUCGAGAAGAAUGAAGGGUGCCUGCACAUGACCUGUGCCAAGUGUAACCAUGGCUUCUGUUGGCGCUGCCUCAAGCCCUGGAAACCCAGUCACAAAGACUACUACAACUGCUCUGCCAUGGUGAGCAGGGCAGCUCGCCAGGAGAAGCGCUUUCAGGACUACAAUGCGAGGUGUACCUUCCACCACCAGGCGCGAGAGUUCGCUGUGAACCUGCGGAACAGGGUCUCAGCCAUCCGUGAGGUGCCCCCACCCAAGUCCUUCACCUUCCUCAGUGAUGCUUGCCAGGGCUUGGAACAGGCACGGAAGGUGCUGGCCUAUGCCUGCGUGUACAGCUUCUACAGCCAGGACACCGAGUACAUGGACGUGGUGGAGCAGCAGACCGAAAGCCUGGAACUGCACACCAAUGCCCUACAGAUCCUCCUUGAGGAGACGCUGCUGCGCUGCGGGGACCUGGCCUGCGCCCUGCGCCUCCUGCGGGCCGACUGCCUGAGCACAGGCUUGGAGCUGCUGCAGCGCAUCCAGGAGCGGCUGCUGGCCAUCCUGCAGCACUCUACCCAGGACUUCCGGGUUGGUCUUCAGAGUCCCUUGGUAGUGGCCGAGGAAGCAAAGGGACCCAACCUGCCCGGCCAUCAGCCCCACGGCUCCUCAGUGCAGGAGGCAGAGGAUGAGGAUGACGAGGAGGACUAUGUGCCUGAGUGGCACCAGGAUGAGUUUGAGGAGCUGGAUAACGACAGCUUCUCCUACGACGAGGAGUCUGAGAACCUGGACCGGGAGACUUUCUUCUUUGGUGAUGAAGAGGAUGAGGAUGACGCCUCUGACUGAGGGCAGACUCAGGAAACACCUGGAGCCCCCAGAGCACAAGACCGGGGUGCGGGGCGGGGGCUCUCACCCACUGGGGCGUGGUAUCCCAGCACCACAGUUCCUUUGUUUAUGGAAUAAACUGGUUUUCCAUGUACUUCUGUGGAGCAGCUGGACAGCUCCCCAGACCCUCCCAGAGCAAUCCCCACUUGCUUUCCUGUCCUGUCUCCCCUCCUGGGGGCGGGGCCUUC